UGGCCAUCGCGGAGAGGUUCGAGUACCCUGCGGUGGUGGUCGGCCUGGAGGUGCAGCUGUUCCUUGCGCCUCGCUUCUUGCGGGACCGUCAUCAUGGGGUCUCCAUGGCGGUCGAGGCGACUCGUUCGGUGGUAGCGGGUUCCAGUCACGGCGUGUCGCUGGGGAAGCUGUAUCUCCACCCGCUCCUGCUGAGGGCGCACGUGCAGUGCCCGCGAGCGGGGCUGUGGAGCUUCAUCGAUGACACCGUGGCUCGCGUGGAGGGCUCCCGUGCAGCAGUGCGGGACGAGCUGCCGCGGAUCGCGGGGGUCCUGAAGCAGGGCCUGGAUGAGCAGGAGCUGAUCUGUUCGGGCAAGACGAAGCUGGUGGCGACGGACGCGGAGCUGGCCGGCGAGGUGUCGAAGACCUUGGAGCAGCUGGGCGUGCCGUUCCAGGUGGUGCAAUCGGCGGUCGACCUCGGCAUCGACGCGGCGGCGGGCAGGCGGCGAGUGUGCCGGAAGGCGUCGACGAGGCUGCGAGGCGGAGCGCGGCGCUUCCAGCGUAUCAUGCGCCUGCGCCGGGCGACGGCGCUGACCAAGGAGUGCCGCGGCCUCUGGUCGACAGGAGCCCUCCCUCAGGCCGCCUAUGGGCACCAGGUUUUCGGGCUGGCCCCGAGCCGCGUCCUGGCGUUGCGGCGGCAGGCCGCCCAGGCGGUGGGCGGUUCCGCCAAAGGGAGAUGUUUGACCUCGGUCCUGGCGGCGACGAUGGGGCUCAUGGACCCGCACGUGGUGCUGCGCAAGCAGGUCGUGGAGUCGUGGUGUGGCCUCUGGUUCUCAGCGCCCCAGCUCCACGGGCGCAUUCGGAGGGCGUGGCCGCACGUGCGGAGCGCCCUUCUGCGGGCUGGGGCUCGCCGAUGGCAGAGGGUCCGGGGGCCGCUCGGCGCGCUGCAAGCCACCUUGAUGGACCUCGGCUGGUCGCCCAUCUCUGCCACACGGUGGAUCCGGCCCACGCCCGAGGGCCAGGACGAGUGGUUCUUGCCCAGUGCUGACGACCCCGAGUUUCAGGCUUGCGCGGAGUUCCAAGCCGUGCUGGACGACGUGGAGGCAGAUCUUCGGGCACAGCUGUGGAGGCAGGCCUCGGUGCACGAGGCGGGGGAGGAUUUGCUGGAGGGCGCGGACUUCUGGCAGAUCGCGUGCGAGAUGCGGCGCAUGGAGGCCCAGGGCUUGCUGUCGGAGUGGGGGCUCAACCUCUCGGUGGUCGCUGGCGGGCAGUGGCCCAGGGCCCGCAGGACGGAGGCGGGCUAUGUGCUGCCUGACGAGAUCUGCAAGCGAUGCGGGCGGUGCCGCGAGACCCUGGUACACAGGGUCUGGCUGUGCUCGGCCAACGUGGGUGAUGAGUCCUUCGAGAAGUCGGACUGGCUCCUCCCGCGGGCGCUCGCGGAGAUCGAGGCGCAGCCCGCCCUGUGGCUGCGGGGCGUCGCGCCGGCAGUGCUCACCACGCCGCGCUACGACGAGGAGUUGGCGCAGGGGGCUGCGGCCAGUUUCGGCGGCGACCUCGACGAGCUGCGAGACGUCCUUGGCUUCCUCACUGUCUUCGGCGACGGCUCGGGCGGCAUUUUCUCCUCAGAUCCGCGCCGACGCCGAUGCGGGACGGCCAUCGUGAUCAUGCAGCGGGGCCCCGAGGGCGUCUGGGUUCCAGCUUGGGGCCGAGCGCUUCCGCUGGCAGGUCGUCGCCAGACGGUGCCCCGAGCGGAGAUCUUCGCCUUCGUGCUGGCGCUCGAGGAGACCACGGGCAACGUGCGGUUCGUCACGGACCACCAGCCGUUGUUCCGCGCGUGGCACGGGAGGCUGGAGGGCGCUGGUCAGGCGGGGCUCGCGAAUGAGGACCUGUGGCAGAGGGCGCGGGCCGCCUUCGCGGCGCGAGGUCCUGGUGAGGUGCAGGUGGAGUGGGUGGCGUCGCACACGGAGGAGCACGUCCACCUGCUCACUUCCGAGCGCGACUUCUUCCUGGCGCUGGGCAAUGCCUCGGCGGACGUGCUGGCAGGCGCCGCCGCGGAGGGUGGCCGGCGUGCGGGGCUCAUCGGCACCGCGCCGCGCACCGAUGAGAUCGACGCGAUCGCGUCGCUGGUGCGCCGCCGGGCGAGGAAGGCGCUGGAGUUGGCGAGCGCAGCGGACGGGGAGCAGGGCAAGCGGCCGGCGGGCCCUCGGCGUCCAGCCCGCACUCCAGCCCGCCUCGGUGUCCAGCGGUCCGAUCAUGAGUUGCGACGUUGUGGUGAGCGUUGGACGUGCGUGCGCUGCCACCGCAUGGUACGCUCGCACCAGCUGUUGCAUUUCUGUGGCACGGAGUGCCGAGGGCCGAUUCCAACAGGGAGUCUGGCGCAGGCUCUGGAUGGAGGUCGUAUUGCGCCGUGUCUUGCCGCCGAGGGCGGGGUAGCUGAGCAGCUUGACGGAUCUCACCGGCUCGCGUUCUGGCCUGAAUUCGCAGUGAUUUUUUGCCACCAGUGUGGACGUUACACCACAGGCAGCGACCCCAGGCACAUGGUCCGCGUGUGCCCGGGACGGCCGACCAGGAAGGGCGUGGAAAAUCUCUCCCGCAUUCGGCGAGGUCUUUUCCCCCGCCGUGAGGGGGCGCCGAAGGCGAUCCUUCGUGCGCGAGAGUUGCGAUUGAGCGAGGCCGUCAGUCGCCUCCCGAUUUUUUCAGCCUAGCGUGAUGUGGCUGAUGUGGGACGGUCCGCGAGGAGAGUAGUAUUCAUCCCAGUCCCCGGGAGGGUGGCGCACCUAUAGGGCGGGGCGGGGCCAUGUCGCAUUCGGGGCGUCAGCUCCGAGUGCGGGGUGGUUGCGCCUUGCCUUGGGAGCGUUUCCCGAAUGGGCCUCUGGGUAAACAAAAC